CAAUAUGGCGGAGGUGAGGCGGCGAAAGAGCUGGUUUUACCCCGAUGUGAUUUAAUGACCGCGCCGCGCUCUUACCGGCUAGCGGGCGGCCGGCUGUUGAGGUGUAUGUCGAGGUAGCGGAGCUUGAGCCGCGGGGGUGGUUUGGAAACGGAGCCGGCGGGUGCAGGCCUCUGUUGGUAGACAGAGUCCUCGCGUGGUGUUAUAUCGAACACAGAAUCUAUGUUCCUUAGAAAACAGACUUCAGUCUGGAGGAGCCGGCUCAAUGGGCUCAGCAGAUCACAGAUUCAACUUAGCCGAUAUCCUGUCUCACAAUUACACUCCUCGGGAAGAAGAAGAGACGCCGGAGGCCGAUAAAUCGUUUGAAGAUCUGGAAAGGGAAAGUGAUGUACCUCUGGAAGAACUUCUAGCACUUUAUGGCUAUGAAGCAUCCGAUCCAAUCUCUGAACAUGAAAGUGAGGGCAGCUCUCCCAGCGAACUUGCUGACAACUUACCGGAUAUGACCCUGGACAAGGAACAAAUAGCUAAAGAUCUUCUUUCUGGAGAAGAGGAGGAUGAAACCCAAUCUUCAGCAGACGAUUUGACUCCAUCAGUUACUUCCCAUGAGGCAUCAGAUCUUUUUCCCCACCCUUUGAGAUCUAAUUCUAUUGAAGAUGAUAAGGAACUUUCCUUAACGGAUGAGGAUUCUGAAGAAGAUGAUUCUAUUUUGUCGAAUGACUGUAAAAAGGAAAUUAUGGUUGGUCCUCAGUAUCAAGCUCCAAUUCCACCUUUUAUUAGUAAAUAUAGGCAAAACGAAAAAGUUUAUGAUAAUGAAGACCAGUUGUUAUGGGACCCCUACGUUCUCCCAGAAAGACGAGUGGAAGAGUAUCUGUACAAGGCAGUAAAGAGAUCGAGAGAGGAGAAAAUGACAGAAACCUUGCCUGAAGGAAUACUUGUGAAAGAUAGUGAACAGGCUUUGUAUGAGCUGGUAAAAUGUAACUUUAAUGCCGAAGAAGCUCUCAGAAGACUAAGAUUCAACGUCAAAGUGGUGCAAGAUGAAUUGUGUGCCUGGAGUGAAGAGGAAUGCAGGAACUUUGAACAUGGCCUUCGUGUUCACGGGAAAAACUUCCACCUCAUACAGGCAAAUAAGGUACGAACCCGUUCCGUGGGAGAGUGUGUAGCAUAUUAUUACAUGUGGAAGAAAUCCGACCGUUACGACUAUUUCGCCCAGCAAACAAAAUUUGGAAAGAAGAAGUAUAGCCUUCACCCAGGUGUCUUAGAUUACAUGGACCAGGAUUUGGAUGGUAUUGAGAGUGAAAGUUGCAGCCGAGCUCCAAGCUCUCCACCCAUCUCCUCCACGACCAGCAGACUAGACUCUGAGCAGGAGUCUAUGCUUCACAACUCAGAGCAGCAAGAUGUGGAACUUGCAGUUUGCACCAUGAAUAAUAACAGCCAGAUGUUUGAGUAUUGCAAUCCUGAAGUGAACGGACCUGAAACGAAUUGUUCUAUGGAUCCAAUCUGUGGCCAAGGAAGAAUUACCCCCACACGUGACUGUGAUGCUGUUACUUUAAGUCAAGCAGAAUCUGGGUUUUUCCAGCUGGAACUGGAUCAAGUCAUUCUGGACAGGCCAGCAUUGGAGAUGUCCACAAAAAAGUUGAAGAUGGAUUUCUCACUGCCUAAAUCGUUUAAUGACGGGCUGCCUGACAAUCCCAGUAACGUGGUUUUUGAAAACCACACUUCCCACAUUGCUCAAGCAAAAAUGUCUGUGGCCGUGACGGAUUUCGGAAGUAUUGAUGUUGGGGACGUGAACAGUUUGCUCAAUGCUCAUACAUUGCACCACUCUGCAACUAUUCAGUCGGAAUCUUUAUCUCAGUGAGAGCGAGGCAUCUCACAGAAUAUUUUAUUUAUAUUUUACUUUAAAAGUUACUGAAAACUAUUUUUUGGCAUGACAUCAGUGAUGUCUUAUAUUUAUUUACAGUGCAUAUUUGUUUCUCAAGAGAAGGAACCAUUUAUUUUUGGGCCCAGGUACAUGAAUGGGAUCUAAUCCUUUGGAUGUCACAUGGAGGAGACUUUCCCCACAUUUUUACAGAUCAAAACCUUUUCACCUGUUCAGUUUUUGUAUUCACCUUGUCAGUAAAAUUGGAUUCAUAAUGUUAUCACCGACAAAUCUCAUUCAUGACAACUAUUCUAGUCAUAAACAUUUUUUUUAUUGUGCAUGGUGUUUAACGUCUAAUGUUAGUCAUUUGCUACAUCUCAAGAAAUUAAUCAGUGUUCUUUUUUGGAUAAAGACGUGUGCAUUUUGUGUGACAGAUUUUUUUAGUAGUAGCUUGAUUAACCAAGCCAUCUGCAAGGAGCUACUUUCAUGACUUUAAAAAAAAAAGAAAAUGAAAUAGUUGUUCCUUUGGUUUGGGCAAAUGUGAGCUGAUUGACUGGAGUAAAUCCCAUUCCCUGUCAACUGUUUAACUAUCUCCCAUUUGGAUUUAACUGUUUUGGAUGAGCCCACCUUAAACUAUUCCAAGCUGAUACAGAACAGUGGCCUGGGUGGCUGAGAGUGUACCUAAUAUUCAUUGAUUCACUACAACCAGUAUAGUACUAGGGAUUGAUGAAUCUGAGUCCCAGGGACUCCAUAUACCAAACUGUGAACUAGUUGCUGUAUGGACUUUAUGCCACUAGAUGAUGGUUUCUGGUAAUACUUUACUGUACAUCUAGUGUUAAUAAAGGGCACUCACUGCAUGGACCAGAGACAAUUUGUAUUUCAAUGAACGUGAGGGUUGCAGAAGUUUGCUUUUUUUUCUAAACUAAAGCUGGCAAGUAAGAUAAGCAACUGAACCCCACAUUAAAUAAAAGUGCAAUUCCUGUUGGAUAGCUGCUAAGUCUCUUUAAAAAAUUUUAAAAAAAGAAAAAAAAAGCCAGUAUAUUUUCCCAGGCAUUCUUGCCAUGGUCCAAUUGGAAUGCAUUCACUGGUUGUUUCCACCUUGCUGCUGCCCUGUUACCUGGCCAUUAAGUUAAGCAUUUAGAACUGCCUUUAUUUUUGAAAUGCUCUUCGUUUAAAGCACAUGCCGAUUUUGCAUAUCAGAAAGACGAGCUGUCAGUACAUCGAUACAAUUGACAAUUGAUGAUGAUUAACCUGGCCUGCAUUGUGAUUGGAAUCCUCCUCCAUCAAAUAAAGUCAAAGCAUUUUUAAAUUGUAAAACUACAAUGUCCUUUGUGGAACACAGAGUGAGGAGUUCUCAGUAUUCUGCACUUGAGUUGCAUCUUAAUUUGGAUGGUGCCACCUUGAACAGACAGGUGCUGCAAUAAGCUUUACCUUUCAGCAUAUUUUAUAAAACACAACUUUAACAAUCUUGCACUGAGAAGGUCUAUGCACUCAAAUGCUAUUAACUUUCUCAUACAUCACAUAAUGCUGUGUUAAAACAAUUCCUGUCUUGGGGAAACUGGUUUGGUAACUGCAUCUAUAGAACUGAUGGGGACUAAAGCACAAACUUUAUGCAUUAAAGCCAUUUGUGCUGUACUUUGGUUUUUUUUUAUAAAUGGCACUGAAAAUGUUAUCAGUCAUCAGAUCACUUUACCCUCUUCUCCCUGUACCCAUUUCAGGCGCUGUGCACUUUUCCUUUUUGUUGAUCCAAAGGUCACACUUGAUAUGAAAGAAACUCUUCAGUGUUAAUAUGACAUUGCUUGCUGUUCAGUAUUUUUAGACUAAGAGUUGGAAUAUAAUUUAUUUUUUACUUGCAGUUAACAAGCCUAUUCAAUUCAGAUUGAGAUGUCUCAAUACUCAACAACCUUGAUGUUUGCUGUAGAUAUCUAAGUGAAAGGUUUUCCCUCUUUCUGUAGCUUUUUAAAUAUAUGCUUUACAAUCCAUUUUAAUCAAGGUUUAAAAAUUGCUUACUUUGUUUGAAUGUCUGUAUACCCGUGCUAUUGUUAAAUGACUUCAUGACGACUUCAAUGAUUAAUGCAAACAAUAGAUCUUUAUUCUUUUGGAUACUGAACCCUGUGAGGAAAGUGCCUAUUAGGUUUGCAGAUCAUCAUUGUUACAUUUGUGUAUUUUUGUCAAUCUUGGCUCGAUGGUAGUUCUCUGGGUCAGCGUUCAAACUUAGUUCUCGGGAUGAGCACAUAACCAGUUAGUGUUGUUUGCUCGAGGUGAAGUCUUUCAGGUAAAUUGUUGGACUAGACUUGUGAAAGGUCCCUUCAAACUAUACCAAGAAAAAUAGUUCUUGGACAUUAUUUGCCAUUAUUUAACCAUUCACCAGUAUCACUAAGACAAAUUGCUGGGUCAUCUCUUGUGCUUACAAGUAAGAUGAACUGACAGUUCAAUUUGAUGUGGCUUUACUGGAGCCACAUUCUGAAAUAAUUACGUUCUCUCCCUAAGAAAAGAUGAUGGUGACGUUUGCAAUUGCAUCAAACGUCAAGAAUGUAAAUUUUUAAGCCAUCUGAAAGGAGCUACUUUCAUGACUUUUAAAUCUGUAGGUGUUGCAAGAUGAUAGUCACUCCUUUGAGACCCAAUAUAUGAUUGAGUUAUAUCCAUGUCAUAACACAACCCCUGUUCGUUGUUAAAAGUUCAGAUUUCACAACAUAAAAAUAUUUCCUUUAAACUUGUGCUGCUCUUACAAUUGCCUUUUCAAAGUUCAUGUCUAACACAGAUCAUUUAUAUCCUUGUCUAAUAUCGAGCGAGGCUCUAUUUAAGAAAAUCUAUCAUGUCAAUGCCAAAGUAUUUUUCAAAGCUUCUACAAUGUUAUUACUUUUUCUUGAUAUUACUCCCUGCAAGGAAUACACAGUACUAGCAGGAUAAUUACUCCUACCUGUACAUCAUCAAUUCCAUCUUUUAUGCUUUGAGCACAAUUUCUUUUUUAAUGAUCUGAUAAGAGUGAAUCUGGAAGAAUGAUUCUUUUGUAUUCAGUUUCUCCAUGCAGAGUAAUUCAUAUUUGCCCAGUUAGUAUUAAUGUGUUGAACGCACAUCGUAACAAGAACCUCGCAUUCCUCUAAUAUUGCUGCCAUAAUGUGUUUAUUGCCAAAAGAUAAUUUAAUGCAAAAAAAAAAAAAUUCUUGGAGCAAAAUCAAAUGUACCAAAGCUCUGUGUAUACAUUAGGAAAGUAUUUAAUAAGAUCCUCUUGUAGUGAAGAACCAUAAUCCCCAAUAUUUACAAAUAGCAGUUUACCUUCAUAAUAACGGGGGGGGGAGGAAUGGUGUCCGUUAUUGUCAAUUGUCCACUAUAACACAGUAAGGGGGGUAAAUAUGUAAAAUAUUGGAAAAGGUCAAUGAACCAAGGACACAAAAUACAUAAUAAUUUAAACUUUGACCCCGAUACAAAUGGAUGCCUGAGUAACAACAGAUUUUGACCAUUAUAACCGCAAUCUGUUUUUAUAAACAGGUCCGUAAUAACAAGGGUAAAACGAUGGUUAAGAUGCUGGAUUUUCUUGCAACUUUCAGCAUGUUGUUUGGUUACUUCUUUGGGAAGUGUAUUUUGAAUGGGGGAGGGAACACUAAAACAGAAAUCAUCCUUGAUUAUUUGUGUUGUGUUGUUGCAAGCGAAUCGACCACUGUCUAUACCCUCUGUCUCGAGUUUUGAAAUAGUAUUGAGAGCAGACAACUACUGACCAAAGCACUCGCAACUGGAAAUCAAGGUCAACUUUCUUCCAACAUGUCGAAUUGCAGGGGGUUUUUUGCUACACAAAUCUCAUGCAACAGUUGAAAAUACUAACAGUCACCUCAAAUUAUUCCAAUGAAUUCAUACCUGCAUGGUUAUAAAAUGAAUGAGUGCAACUUCUUUUUAAAGGUAUGACAUGGGAAUGAGAGUAAGUGAGACCAAAUAUUAUGAACAAGUGAGCAAUUUGCAUAUUUUAUCUUUUGUCCAAAGCUUCCAUUUUCUAUGAAGUGGAGUUUUUAUUUACAUCCACUGGAGGGCAGCCCUUGUUUAAAGUACCACUGAAGGUCUAUUUUCCACCCUGAUGGACAAAAUCAGCACCAUAACUUUUCAAAUAGCUUGUCUUUUCAAUGUUCUGAUCAUUGCCCUUUUUAGAAACUUCAUUUAAUUUUUCUAGAUUUUGUGGAGCAACAAGUAUGAGUUAUUUGGAAUAGUUGAGUUACCGAUGUACUUUGGUAACAAACAUUUUUAUAAAGUACAUUGGUAAACACUUUUUGGGAAUUUUUUACUUUAACAAUUGUUUAACACUUUCCUGCUAUUUUGUUAGUCGAAACGUGCAGUUUCAUUUCAAAUUAAUAACCCACAAAAAUAUGAUGUUUUUGGUGCUUUACCCUUGAAUGUAAUGUUUCUUGCUGUCAGAUGAUGGAGUAGGAAUAUUAUUUCAAUGUGCACAUUUGACAGCUGUCCAAUCUUUAGAUUUAUUCUUAAAACUACUGAAUGGGCAGUCAAGAUUUUAAUACUCUUGAAUUUGCUUAACAAUUAGAAUAUCGAAGUUUGAAGCAUUGUUCUGAUUUUAUUACUUUUCCCCAUUUGAGUUUGUUCCCAUUCGAGUUGGUUCAUAGUUGUCGAAAUUAUUGAGCAUGACAUGGCCCUGAAGAUAAUGAUCGCUGGUUGUCCUUGUUCAUCGAUAGUGCUGUGCUGGCUGUAUUAUGUUUCUCGCGAUAUAAUUUCUACAUGCAUUCUGUGUACAUUUCUUAACAUUUUAUCUGCCAUUGUGCUAUUGCCACCUCCUGUUUUUUACUUGUGCCAUAAGUUUCCCUUGUGCAUCCGUUAACACGCUCACACUGCAAUGAACGGAGUCUGGACUCAAAAAAAAUUAAUUGGACUUUUAUUUAAAACAAGGAUCCAAUCUUGCAGCAAAAUAACAAUCGCAAUUUCUCCAAGAAUUUAUUUUUCUGAGAGGACUGGAUGGAAAGCAAAAUGCAAUAGCAGGGAGUGAACAUGAUUGUAUCUUAACGUUAAUUUACCCCAGCCCCGAGAUAUUUGUUAUGCAGGUAAGUUCAGAGCUCUAUUUUUGCAGCUCAGUCAAGGCAAAUCAAAUCAAUAAAUCUGAUUAAUAUUGAGGGGAUCUACUGCAUCUCACUUAAGAAGAGUUGAACUUGCAUGGAGGGUACAGGUAGAGUUGAAAAUAUAUAUUCCUGAGUGUCAUUGGGCAGAAGCCACCCAAGGAAAUGACCAGGUUUGCAAAAAAAGUAGAACUAUUAAGUUGGCUUAUAUUAAUUGUCACAAACCUUGCCAAGUUUGCAUUUCCAAAGCUAAUAAUGGAUAUUUCCACUUACCAAAAGUUUUAAUUUUUUUUUAAGUGUCUACAAUUGUAGGUGCAAUGAAUGGAUAGAGGCAGCAAUAAGUCGUGGUCCCAUAAUGUAUUAUACCAUAAGAGAGAGUGGGUAUUCUAUUCAUAUUGUGUAGUAUAACCCCUGAACUAUCAGCAGAUGUAUUUUUGUGAGUUUCCUACGGGAAUGUGGAGUUACGAUGCAAUAUUAUUCCUAUAAUACUGUGGCAUUGAUAAUUUCUAAUGGUACAUAAUAUACCGGAUAGUCGGUUGCUGCAUAAUAUCUGCCAGAUGUUUUUGUUGUAUAAUAACUUGAUACUCUGUCAUUGGACUGAAUUGGAAGAUUGAAUAUAAAUGUAGUAUGUAUAUUUGUACAUUUUCAGCCAUGUAUUUUAAUCUCUGCAAUCCUUUAUAUACAUGUAUUUGAACGGUAUUGAACCCUUUCACAGACCUGAUGAGUUUUUAAUAGACUUAAUGUCAGCCCAAAUGCAUCUUGUUCAAAUCUACAUUGGUUAUAAGACAGAAAAGUGGGUAAAUUUUUUAGUGAUCUUUAUGCAGUAUACAUCAUUCAGACUUCUGAUGGAUUGGGCAAAAGGUGCUUAUCAAUUCAAUAGAUUAAAAUAACGAAGAUGUUCUAUUGUAAUGGAGAUAUGAAGAGCAACUUAAUUAUUUAGUUACAAUCAUCCUUACCUUUUGUAUAAUGGAGUCCUAACCAAUGUUAAUCGGCAAUGAUGAGAGUGAGGAAUUUGGAUAAAUAUUUGCAGUCCAAGUUGUUAUAAUGUGCUUCAGAACAAAAUGUGAGAGGUUACUGAUAUUUUACAGCAUUUUGGGUUAUUCUUGGGUAAUGUAACCAAGAACACACUGGCCAUGCGUUUGCAAAAUGUGGUACCUUCUAAAGUGCUACACAAUGCACAACUGAAUUAUUUGAAGGGAAGUGUUUACUUGUAAAUGAAACGAAGGAGGUGGUAGUUUUAAAAAAUAAAUAAUUUGUCAUGCCGGCUGCUACUAUUCAA